UUGGUCGUCCAAUUUUAAUAUUCAUUUUAAAUAUUAUUUUUUGCAGUGGAUUAGUUAAUUUUUCUUUUAAAGAAUUAAUAACUGAUUAAGUUUUAUUAACUUUCAUCUUUAAUAAAAUGAAAAUUCAUUUUUAAGGAAGUUAAAUUAAUAUGCAAACAAAUCUCUUUCCCUACAACCUUAGUUACCUAUUGGUGACAUUGGCAAUGGCAAUCCCCAACACAAAUCUCAAAUAAAGACGACUUUUACAUUUUAUAUUUAUUUUGAUGAUGUAAUUUUGAAUUCUAGAAAAUGAAAUUAACAUCACAUUACUCUUGAUUAUGUUUAAUAAUCUUUGAAGUGGACUUGCAACAAAUUUGAUUAGUUUAGUUUAGUCGUCUCCACGACUUUAGGUGAUGUGUGUAACUUUACAACCAACCAUUUCUUUAAUUUAAAGAAUUAGGACCAAAUCUGUUGGGCCUACACCUAAACUACUUUAAUUUCUUGGAAAACAUUCAUGCGAAAAUUCUAUAAAACGAAAGCAGUUAACUAAAAUAUGAAGAAAUUUAAGUACAAAUAAUAGAGAUGUAUGUGACCAGACCUCUUUCUCUAUACAGAGACUCUUCUUCAGGUUCGGGUUCGGAUUCGGGAUUGCCUUCGGGUCCGAAUACUGGGGUUUUGGUAAUCGAAGAUGAAGGUUCGGAAAGGAGAUGGUUUUUUGGAUUGCUUAAGGCUAAGUCUGUGAAGGUACCGCCAUUCCCACAGAACAAGUUAAUGAAGCUUUGGUAUUCAAAAGGCAUUCAUAGCGAUACUGAUGACUUUGAGGCAAUGCUAAUUCCAGUUCUCAAUCAGCCUUCCAAUUCUAAUCAAUAUUAUGUCAUCAGUUCCGAUGUCAUAGAAAAAGGGCUAGCAUGUACAAGUUCAAAGGAAUGCGACGUGAAGAACUCUUGUUGCUUCACUUAUAUUUUCGAUAUAUCACCUCAAAUCUUUGACCCAAGAAAUGUCUAUCAACAAUUCCACAUUACCAAUAGAUAUACGUUCUUUGGGAGACCAGGUGGUUUUGUGUCUAAGUCAACAGCUAUUGAUGGGAUUCCUCCAGAUUUUCUAAGGCACUAUGGUUGGCAAGCUCGUACCAGAACUCUUAAAAACUUCAAUCCCACACCAGCACUCGGUGUCGACGAUGCGUUACGAACCCGACUCCCUGAGCUCGACUUGGGCAACCCAGUGGAGGUGGGGAAAUGGUAUUGUCCUUUUAUUUUCAUUCGAGAUGGAGAGGUUGGUGUUCAAAUGAGGAAGUCCCCAUACUACGAAAUGACCCUCCAACAAAAUUGGGAAGAGAUAUUUGGAUGCUAUAAUGACAGUGGUGGUGGUGGUGUGAUGGUGGAUGUUUGUGUUAGGAGGGAGGCGGUAUUAGUUGGAGGUGCGCUGUUGGCGGCAGAGAGAGUGGUGGUUUCCGAUGGGAUUAUGUGGUUCGGUCCAUGGCCGUCUGAGGUGGGGUUGAGUAUGGCGAUUGUGGAGAGGGUGAAAUGGGAGGAGGAGAGAGUUGGGUUUGUAUGGGGGAGAAAUCAUGAGGAGGAAAUAGAGAGAGUUUUGAGAAGAGAAGAGUUUGAAGGAGAGGGAGUGUGGAAGAGAGUUAGAUGUUAUGUUUUAGUUGAAAGGUUUGUGCUUAAGAGAAUGGAUGCAACUUUGGUUCUUACUUGGGAAUUUAGGCACACUCAUCAAAUUAGAACCAAAUGGGAGAAUGAAAAUUAGAAGGGUCUCGUAAUAAAAAAGCAUCUCAAUUAUAUAGAUUUUUGCAUUUUAUAUUUUGAUGUUGUAAUAAUUUUCAAUUCUAGAAGUGAAAUGUAUAAAAAUAUAUUACAU